UUCCAAGCGAACAAAAUAAUUCAGGACACUAAUAAAUCAUAACGAACUACUGCACAAGAUGGUGGCAAUUUCCCAGGUCCGUGAACAAAUCGCAACGAUCAAAAACCUCGGGUCUGGUCUGGUUGCCGUGUUUGUGGGAGGAACAAGUGGUAUCGGACUAUCCACUGCGCGAGAAUUCACCCGUCAUGCCACAGCCCCACACAUCUACCUGGUUGGGCGUAAUGAAGCCCAAGCAUCGGAGAUCAUCACCGAAUUGAAGACCAUCAAUGAAUUCGCAACGGUAGAUUUUAUCAAAAGCGAUGUAUCUUUGCUCAAGAACGUGGAUCUCGCCUGCCAGGAGAUCACCAAAAAGGAAUCCAAAGUGAACCUCCUCGUCUUGAGCGCGGGUAUCAUGACCACUCAGGGACGGACCGAAACAAGCGAAGGCCUCGACCGCAAACUCAGUCUCCACUACUAUUCCCGCAUGCGCUUCAUCGACAACCUCCUCCCAUCACUAACCCGCGCCGCCUCAUCCGGCCAUCUCGCCCGAGUAGUCUCCGUAUUCAGCCCCGGGCACGAAGGCAAACUCAUCGAGAACGACCUCGACCUCAAGCAUAACUACAGCCUAUCCAACGCAGCCGCCCAGGCAAGCACCAUGACCUCUCUCUACAUGACCCGCUUAUCCGCCACACAUCCCAGCAUUAGUUUAGUUCACAGUCUCCCGGGUGGAGUGAACACGAAUCUCAUGCGAGAUUUUAACCCGCUUGUUCGGUGCCUUACGAGCGGGUUACUUACGCUGAUGACGCCGUUGGGUUCCUCAGUUGGACUUCUUUCUGUGAAGGAGUCGGGCGAGAGACAUGCUUUUGCGGCGACGAGUCCGUUGUUUGCGCCGCGGGUGGAAGGGGGGUUGACGGUGGGGGCGGAUGGGGAGAAGGGGAGUGGUGCGUAUCGGGUGAAUUAUGAUGGUUCGAUUGUUGAGGCUAAGUUGGCGUUGUUGAAGGGGUAUUUGGGGAGUGGAGUGGGGGAUAAGGUGUGGGAGCAUACGAGGGAGGUGUUUAGGAAGGCGACGGGGGGGUUGUGA